AUGAAAAUUGUCAAAGCAUUGAUACGAAACAGCGUUGCAUCACUCCAAUCGCAAAAGUCAUCAUCUUCACCUCCACCGGUGUUUCCGCCGUUGAGUUCCGCCAUAACCGUGGAUGUUGAGGAAGAAUACUGUGAAGAUGAUACCGGAGAAGGUUGGACAUUUAAAGAAUGCCUUAGCCAUACUGGUAAUGAUCCUUUGGAAAGAGACAUUGAAGAUGAUAACGAUGGCGAUGGCGACACUGAAGAUGAUACUGAUGGCGAUGGCGCCAUUGAAGAUGAUAUCGAAGGCGACUUUAAAAAUGAUACAGAUGGCGAUUGCGCCACUGAAGAUGAUACUGAUGGCGACACUGAAGAUGAAGAUACCGAUGGCGAAGAAGACACUGAAGAUGAUACCGAUUGCGAUAGCGACACUGAAGAUGAUACCGGUGGCGAUGGCGACACUGGAAAUGAUACCGAUGGCGACAGUAAAGAUGAUACCGAUGGCGAUGGCAACACUGACGAUGAUACCGAUGGCGAUGGCAACACUGAAGAUGAUACCGAUGGCGACACUGAAGAUGACAUGGAUGGCGACACUGAAGAUGUUACCGAUGGCGAAAUUGAAGAUGGUACCGAUGGCGAUAGCGCAUUUGAAGAUGAUACCGAUGGCGAUGGCCCCACUGAAGAUGAUAUCGAUGGCGAUGGCGCCACUGAAGAUGACACAGAUGGCGACACUGAAGAUGAUACCGAUGGCGAUGGCGACAUUGAAGAUGAUAUCGAUGGCGAUGGCGACAAUGAAGAUGAGUCCGAUUGCGACACUGAAAAUGAUAACGAUGGCGAUGGCGCCACUGAAGAUGAUAACGCUGGCGACACAGAAGAUGAUAACGAUGGCGAUAAUAAAGAAGAUACCGGUGGCAAAGAAGACACUGAAGAUGCUACCGAUUGCGAUGGCGGCAUUGAAGAUGCUACCGAUUGCGAUGGCGACACUGAAGAUGAUACCGAUUGCGACGGUGGCAUUGAAAAUGACACCGAUGACGAAGAAGACACUGAAGAUGAUAUUGAAGGCAACACUGAAGACGAUAUCGAUGGCGAUGGCGACAUUGAAGAUGACACCAUCACCGAUGGCGACGAUGCAGAUGAUAUCGAUGGCGAUGGCGACACUGACGAUGAUACCGAUGGCGACACUGAAGAUGAUACCGAGUGCGAUGGUGACAUUGAAGAUGAUACCGAGUGCGAUGGCGACAUUGAAGAUGAUACCGAUGGCGAUGGCGACACUGAAGAUGAUACCGAUGGCGACACUGAAGAUGAUACCGAGUGCGAUGGUGACAUUGAAGAUGAUACCGAUGGCGAAGGCGACACUGAAGAUGAUAUCGAUGGCGAAGGCGACACUGAAGAUGAUACCGAUGGCGAUGGCGACAUUGAAGAUGAUAGCGAUGGCGAUGACGACAUUGAAGAUGAUAUCGAUGGCGAUGGUGACAUUGAAGAUGAUACCGAUGGCGACAUUAAAGAUGAUACCGAUGGAGACGGCGAAACUGAAGAUGAUACCGAUGGUGACAUUGAAGAUGAUACCGAUGGCGACAUUGAAGAUGAUAGCGCUGUCGAUGACGACAUUGAAGAUGAUAUCGAUGGCGAUGGCGACAUUGAAGAUGAAACCAAUGGCGACGGCGAUACUGAAGAUGAUACCGAUGGAGACGGCGAAACUGAAGAUGAUACCGAUGGCGACAUUGGAGAUGAUACCGAUGGCGACAUUGAAGAUGAUAGCGAUGGUGACGGCGAUACUGAAGAUGAUAUCGAUGGCGACGGCGAUACUGGAGAUGAUAGCGAUGGCGACAUUGGAGAUGAUACCGAUGGUGACGGCGAUACUGAAGAUGAUACCGAUGGCGACGGCGAUACUGAAGAUGAUACCGAUGGCGACAUUGGAGAUGAUACCGAUGGCGACAUUGAAGAUGAUAGCGAUGGUGACGGCGAUACUGAAGAUGAUACCGAUGGCGACGGCGAUACUGAAGAUGAUACCGAUGGCGAUACUGGAGAUGAUAGCGAUGGCGACAUUGGAGAUGAUACCGAUGGUGACGGCGAUACUGAAGAUGAUACCGAUGGCGACGGCGAUACUGAAGAUGAUACCGAUGGCGACAUUGGAGAUGAUACCGAUGGCGACAUUGAAGAUGAUAGCGAUGGCGAUGACAACAUUGAAGAUGAUAUCGAUGGCGAUGGCGACAUUGAAGAUGAAACCGAUGGCGACGGCAAUACUGAAGAUGAUACCGAUGGCGACAUUGGAGAUGAUACCGAUGGCGACAUUGAAGAUGAUAGCGAUGGCGAUGACAACAUUGAAGAUGAUAUCGAUGGCGAUGGCGACAUUGAAGAUGAAACCGAUGGCGACGGCGAUACUGAAGAUGAUACCGAUGGCGACAUUGGAGAUGAUACCGAUAGUGACACUGAAGAUGAUGCAAAUCCAACUUGA